AUGGAUGACAGAACUUGGUGGGCUAAAGAUUGGCAUGAAGUUGGUCCUCGCGUCCAGGAAUGGGCUCGGUGGUCCGACUCUAUCGGUUUAAAGGAGAACAAUCGCAAGACUCAGGUUUGUGCGCGGCGCUCUUUUGACAAUGACCCUUGCCCGCCUGAGUGGAAGGUUUCUGAAGUCAAAGCCCUUGGGGUCUCUACCACGUCCAAAGUUCGUAAAUAUACGAUUGGUGAGCAGGAGAGAUUGGACAAGGCUGAGAAGGCUGCUUCGCUGUUGGUUGGUGCGUCUCUGCCUUGGACUAGGGCUGUGGAAGCUUUUAGUGCGCCCUUGGACGUGGCGUUGUUACAGCGGUGUCGAGGUGCAACUUUUUCGGUCUUCUGA